AUGGCUGCGCGGCAUCGCCGCGCAGCCUACAUGGCUCGCGGCGCGGCCAUCGACACAGCACCCACAAUCGAGGAGGCCCUGGGCGGCAGCCAAGUCCGCCACUACAUCCGUCCUCAGGCUCCAUGGCCAACGGACGUGCCAAUCCAGGCGUUAGAUGUGUCUAGCACGCCUGAGGUGGACCUGGUGAUCGCUGGCGCGGGCCCCUCCGGCCUUGCAAUUGGCGCAAGGGUGGCAGAGGCGGGCUACAAGGUGGCCAUCGUAGACCCUGAGCCGCUGGGCAUAUGGCCAAACAACUACGGCGUCUGGGUGGACGAAUUCCAGGCGAUGGGCCUGGAGGACUGCCUGGAGGUAAUCUGGCCCAAGGCCAAGGUCUGGCUCGACAACAACCAGGGGGAGAACCUUGGAGAGAAGUUUCUCGCUCGCCCCUACGGCCGCGUGGACCGCCCAAAGCUUAAGCGGAAGCUCCUGGAGCGCUGCGUCGCGGCGGGCGUCCGCUUCCUGACUGAUAAGGUGGACAAAGUCGAGCACGCGGGCGGCCGCAGCACAGUGGCCAUGGUCUCCGGCAAGGCGGUGCGGGGCGCGCUGGUGCUGGACGCGACGGGGCACAGCCGGCGGCUCGUCAAGUAUGACCAGAAGUUUGACCCGGGGUACCAGGGCGCGUACGGCAUCAUAUGCGAGGUGGAGGGCCAUCCGUUCGACAUCGACACAAUGCUCUUCAUGGAUUGGCGGGACGACCACCUGCCAGAGGGCAGCGACGUGAAGGCGCGCAACGCGAAGCUGCCCACCUUCCUGUACGCCAUGCCCUUCUCCAAGAACAAGGUGUUUUUGGAGGAGACGUCGCUGGUGGCGCGGCCGGCGGUGGAGUUUGCGGAUUUGAAGGAGCGGCUGGAGCUGCGGAUGAAGUGGCUGGGCAUCAAGGUCACCAAGGUCGAGGAGGAGGAGUACUGCCUCAUCCCGAUGGGCGGCGUGCUGCCGACGCACCCGCAGCGCGUGCUCGGCGUCGGCGGUACAGCCGGCAUGGUGCACCCCGCGACGGGCUUCAUGGUCAGCCGCAUGCUGGGGGUGGCGCCCACCAUCGCGGACGCCAUCAUCGACCAGCUGGCACGGCCGGCGGACAGCGCGGCGACAGCAGGCACCCCCCACGGCCCGCAGACCGAGGCGCAGGCCGACGCGAUGGCCGCCGCCGUGUGGCGCACCGCCUGGCCCGUCGAGCGGCUGCGGCAGCGCGCGUUCUUCUGCUUUGGGAUGGACGUGCUGCUGCGCCUCAACCUGGCGGAGACGCGGCAGUUCUUCGCGGCGUUCUUCAGCCUCUCCGCCUUCCAUUGGCACGGCUUCCUCUCUGCGCGGCUCGGGUUCCUGCAGCUCAUCGGUGGGUUUCUUUUGCUUUGA